GAUCCGCAGUGAAUAUUCGCUUGGCCACUACAAGACUUUGGUUUAUAAAGUGUUAGGUGUUUCAGUUUUAUUAUUAUGUGUUGAAAUUAUUGUGAUGAUAUUUUCAGAUCGAGGAUAAAGAUAUUUUUCGGGGUUUUUCUCAGCUUACAACAGUCAAAGUGACAAUUUUUGUUAUUUAUGAUGGCGAGGAACGACAAAAGAUAUACAAACAACAUACAACACGUACUUGUAAAGAAUAUACCAGCAGAUUGGAAUGAAUAUAUCGUUGUGGAUUUUAUGGAGGUUUGUAGCAAUGAUAAAGAUGUUAAAACUGUAGAAUGGUUUGGAGAAGUGAAAAGUAUGGCAUUAGUGGAAUUCACAGAACCAAUAACUGAAACUGAAUUUGAUGAUCUGAUUGAAAGAGGGGAAUGUCAGAAAGAACAAAUAAAGUUAUCGCCCUUGAUGGAACCUGACGGAUUGAUCGUACAGCGCGUUCCCACUGAUACCACUUUGAACAAGGUCUGUUCAUACUUCACUAAGUCACAUGGCAAGAAUAUUAUCACAGAGAAAAAACGUAAUGAAAAACUGGAAUGUGUGAUUCUUCAUAUCAACAAUAUCAAUGUUGUUGACGAGUUGAUCAAGAUAAAACUUCCAAGGGGCAUGAAAGUAAAAUUAUUUUAUAAAAGAUUCCAUGGUUAUAUAAUAAGUCACUGUAACACGCUAUUACCGCCACCUAGUCAUACUAAUGAUGACGACGAUGAUGAUGAUGUAAAAGAAGACAGUGAUAGAAACAAUACCACCCCAGUGCAAAAGGUUUUACCAUUUCCAGUAGCAAAAAAAGCACAAGACGUGGUUAAGAAGGAUGAAGUAGAAUUGGUCAGCCAUCAAAUUAUUUUAAUGAAGAAAUGUAGCUUUGGUGCGGAUUGUCCUUGUAAAAUAACCAUCGACGAAAACAAACGAACAAUUGUUUUUGAGGGUACUCAACCAGCUAUUGAUGCUAUGAAAGAAACCAUGUUUGAAAAAAUGGAAAAAAUUCAUAAGGUGUCUAAAUGCAUAACAGAACCAUUUUAUAACUUAUUGAGAUCUGUGAAAGGAGCUGUCCAUCUUGAAUCGAUCUUUAAAAAGUCCGAUUCCGCGAUGGGAUACGUUAGCGAUGACCGGAUGCUGGUUUGUGCUGGAUUCGGAGAAUUAUUAACUAAACAAUUUCUCGAAACUUGCAUGGGCAUGCUAAUAACAAAUAGAAUUGAAUAUAAACAUACUCACACAAAGUUUAUUGAGGGUGAUAAAUGGAAAACCUUUAAAACAUCCAUGCAGUCGGAUUAUGCAGUUUCCCUACACAUUGAGAAGAAGAUGUUAAUCAUUAUUCAAGGAUUAAACGAAGACGUCUCCAUGGUAACUCAGGAAUUAAAAAAAACUUUAGAAAAAAAUGAAUAUCACGUGAAGACAGUAGUAGUUGAUGGUGCUGCCAAGUCCAAAUGCUUGUGCCGUUUUUUUCAAAACAAGAUAACUGAUAUGAAAGUCAGAAUGGGAGAAAGUAAUGGUUGCUUGCAAGAUGAACUCAGUGAUGUUAAUUAUAAGAUUGUAUUAUCGGGACCACCAAGUAUAGUUGAACAACUAGAGAAGGAACUUAGACAAUUAGAGAAAAAUAUAUGGCAUAAAAAACUGACAUUUGAAAGAGACAUGAGCAUAUCACCCAGAGAAUUGAAAACAUUGGUAAAUGGUCUAAAGAAUGCGGACCAGGUGCAAAUAAAGUUAACAUUUGAAGAAAAAAAUAAAUGCUGUUUAGAAUUUCUGAAUUUAAAACCGGAACAAAGAAAUACUUUAUUUAGACCCCUUUUAACACCCACGACUAGAAGUGAUGGUCGUAGUACGAGAUCGAAGUCUCAUGCUGACGAGGUAAAAGAAUUAAAGAGUGUGACCUUUCAUCAGACCACCAUUAAUUUAAAAAAAGGGGACAUCACUAAGGAAAAGGCUGAUGUCCUGGUGAACGUUUUAACUUCAUCUCUGAACUCAAAACACACAAAACUUGGUCAGUCAUUUUAUAAUGCUUGUGCUUGUGGAGCGGAGUUUGUAAAGAUUUUAGACACAGAGAAAGCUAAACUAAAAUUAGAUGAUGGUGGUAGAUUACCCGCUGGUUCAGUUAUAAAAACAAAAGCCUGUAAACCUCUUGGUUGUCAACAUAUUUAUCACAUGAUUUUAGACAAAUGGAGGGCACCAGAUACCAAAAACGUUUUAGAAACUGGGAUAAAGCACGUUUUAGACUUCAUGGAUCGAGACAAACUGACAUCAAUUGCAUUCCCCGCUCUUGGCUGUGGUAGAUUAUUUAAUUUUCCUGCAGAUCAAAUGGCGUUGACAGCUCUGACUAUCUUACAACAAGAGGUAGCGAAACACCCAACAAUAAAGAAAAUAACUUUUGUAAUUUACGAUAAUAGUGUUCAUGAUGAGUUUUUGGUACAGCGUAAAAGAUUUUCGCCUACGAUACACGGAGCUGUGGGAGAAAGAGCAGAAGCAUAUAGCUCGGAUGAUUCUGACUCAGACCAUGAUACCUGUGACUCAACAGAUUUGGAUGAGGAUUCAGAUGAAUUUGCAGCCAUUUUUACUGCAGAUACUGGUAUUGGCAUUUACGCUUCUAGUAAAGAUAUAUGUAAACAAGCGAAGCAAACCAUGAAGACAUUCCUGAAGGAAAAUUACUUAUACAAGGAUUGUUUUAAAAUUGAUACUAGCUGUAAAACACAUUUCGAUCGAGAUACCCAAGAAGACAUGAAAAGGGAAGCAAGUAAAUUAGAUGUUGAUAUGCAGAUAUGUAAUACAGAACUCCCUGGACAUGGUGCGCUUAUGGUGCCAGAGAUUCGACUACAAGGUGAAACGAAAAGUGUCCUGAAAGUGAAAGCAGCAUUACAGGAACUACUAUACAGUGGACGUGAUGCACCUAAACGAGGAACGGUGAAAUUUCUUCGUUACAUGGCAAAGAAAGACGCGUCACCCCCACCGUACUGGGAAUCUUAUACUGGCUUGUUUAAUCAAAUGAAAAAAAUGAUUUUUAAACCUGGUUUAGUGAAAAUAAAAGCAAGCAGUGUCAUCUACAAAGCCAUUGAAGGCCUAGUAAAAAUAACAUGGAAAUCGGAUUUAGUGGGACAAGGUUGUGACGCCAAGGGUCUUUCACAUAAAGAUAUUCAAGUUAUCGGCAUCGAACGGAUAGAAAACUUUGAAAUUUAUCGUAAAUACCAUGAUAGAAGACAAGAAUUCUUUAAGGAAGCCUUAAAAAAUAGAUCAUCUUACAAAGAUAUCGGAAGUUUACCAGGCAGUCGAGGUCCUAUUCUCACAACCGAAAAAUCCCACACCGCCCUUAAACAUGAUGAUUUAUAUCCAGAGGUAAACGAACAUUAUGUCUUUCACGGAACUAAGCCAGAGGUAGCGAAAGUUGUUGGCGUAGAGGGUUUCGAUGUUCGUAACUCUAACAACGGGAUGCUGGGACAUGCUAUAUAUUUUGCUGAAGAAUCAACAAAAUCUGAUCAAUAUGCAGAUAGAAAGGAUCGAAAUGAUGGUGACAAGAAAUUAUUACUCUGUAGGGUAUUAUUUGGUGAUGCCAUGAUCUGUGAUAUGCGAUCAAAAGAUUGCAAAAAACCUCCAUGUAAAGACCCACAACAUCAAGAUACAGGAUGUACACUAUUUCAUGGAUUUUACGACUCUGUUAUCUCAGAAAGAAAAGGGAAGUUUCGAGAGUUUGCUGUUUAUGAUAGUAGGAUGGUGUAUCCCGAAUAUGUCAUAACGUAUAAAAGACUGACUUAAUAUCAGUCGCGAAUAUGACAGAUCUUAUGAUACAACGCACACCCGCUAACCAUUCGGCCAUCCAAUCCCCAGUGGGGUGACAGACUGUACAAAUGUUCUGGCAACUCUCACAAAACAGGCGGAAGUAAGAUGCAGGUCUCAAAAUUAUCUCCCAUUUCUUAACCUCUCGUUCACAAGAAUUUAUUCCAAUUUCAGGAAAUUUAGGCCCUGUCCUAAAAAAUUAAAAGCUUAAUUACAUAAUGUUAUACGUUGCUAUCUGAUUUUUUUUCGCGCCUACGGCGCUCAAUUCCAUUAUACCAUCAUUCUUCCUCUACUCCUCUGUGGUCUUAUACUAUCUCAUCGCUAUCAUAUUCAUGGUUAUAGUGAACCGCCCAGUAGUAUCACUGUACAGAUUUUCUGUUAACUGUCACAAAACAGACGGAAUUGACAGGCAGAUCUCAAGAUUCUGUCCCAUUGACUCCCAUUUCUGAUCCUUUCGUUCACAAGAAUUUGCCCUCAGCAUUGACCUCAAUGGCCAGGAUAUUGGCUCAAAUUUUCAAAAUUUUCUCAAAUAAAAUAUAUUUUGCAUUUAUUUAUGCAUAGUUCCGGGGAUAUGUCAGUAACCAGUUUAGCCAAUCUGUUUCACAGAGAAUUACGAGUCUAGUCAUAUAUCUCUGUCAAAAAUGACUGUCUUAACACGGGCCGUCACAGCACGCGGCGUCAAUCAUUGGCUGAAUGGCGCGUGCAUUGUUUACAUAAGACGUUACUGCCUCGGAGAGAAUGCUGCAUUUUAGUCAUUUUAAUACCCAUUUACACUAAAUAGGAAAUAAUUUUUACCUACAAAUACGUCAAACGCCUUUAUUUAUUUUUCCAAUACAUAAAAAAAAUGUUUUAGAAUUUAAUUUGUCGCAGGAAAAAAGUUAAUAUUUCUGGCUCAUUAAGCCGCAUCGAUGUCAUCCUUAUCAGUGAUUGUAGCGGCCUAGCAAAUAUUCACUGCAGUUUAGCAUGUUCUACAACAAAGCUUUCAUACUAUUUUAUAUUUAGUGUUUCAUUUCGUAAUUUAGAAUGAUGUAUAUAGAACUUACUUAAAAUGAUUACACUAUUUUAAUGUAAACCUAUUCAUUAUCUAUAUUAAUAUUUGUGACUGUC